AUGGUUUCUGAUGAAACUCUUCAUCAUUUGUUUGCAUCAAAUCAAUCGUCUUUAUCCAUAGGCAAACAUAUUCGUGAUGUCUAUGAACGUUUACUUGACGAAAAGUCACGUUUAGUUGAUGAAAAGUCACGUUUAGUUGAUGAAAAGUCACGUCUAGUUGAUGCAGAUUCACGUUCUUUCGAACUAUUAGAGAAAUUAUAUGCAUCAUUACUCAACGAACAUCAACAAAUCAAACGUGAACUCAUGUAUUUUAAAGGUGUAUUACAUAGUCGUGGAUUGAUGGAAGAAUUCCGUGGGUAUUUACGUGGUCUUUUACAGCCAAACACCACAACACCGAUGUCUACUAAAAAAAUGUAUAGUAAAAUGAUCGAUGUCGCAUUUAAUCCAUCGAUGACCACUUCAAUUUUAAUUUCAAUGGUGCCUGAUAUGUUUUUAUGUUUUGGAAUCAAUUCGAACAAUAUAUCAGAUAGUGAAAAAACAAAAAUGUCAAAUCAAUUGGUUCAAGAACUAGAUCAUUUAUAUAGUUCUUUAUCUGAAUCUAUACAUUCAAUGAAAAUGGCUCGACAUAGUCGAGAUUUUGUUAUUUGCUCUGAUAAUUUAACUAACAUUCAAAUAUGUCUAAUCAAAUGUAUGGCUCGGCAUUAUCUUCGCCUUGAUGAAAGUGAAAUUCGUCUAGUCAAAAAUCUAGGAGCUUCAAAUGAUCGUAGAUUAGGUUUAAUUCCAAGUACCAACAAUUUAGCUGAUUAUACAGUUACAACUGAUUUGAAAACAAUUCGUGCAAUGGGUUCAUGUAAUUUUCCACAUGUUAUCAAAUUUUAUGCUGGUCUUAUUGAUAAAAAAGAAAGUCAAAUAGUUAUUUGUAUUGAAGCAUAUGAUACAUCUAUGAAAAAAUUUUAUACAACGAUGCAUAAAAUGAAAGAAACAAAACAUCUUGAUAUAUUACUUAAAUGUAUGAUUAAUCAUAUUGUUGAUGCAUUACAAUUUCUUAAAUCAAAAGGAAUACUUCAUCGUGAUGUUAAACUAUUGAAUAUUUUAGUUAAACAAGAUCGUAUUACAUUUAAACUUUAUGAUUUUGGUAUAUUUAGUCAAUUAACAAAUUCAGUUGCACAUACAAUGAUGAAAGGAACACAACCUGAAAGAAUUGAUGCAACUCAAGCACCUAAAGGUUAUGGUAUAUGA